UAAAUACCGACGAAUCUCCUAACCAGAACAACUCAGAAUGAUUCAAUUAAGAAAAGAAGAGGAUAGGGACUUAAUAUGAUCACAAAAAGAUGGAUAAAUAGGAUUUAAUUAGUUUUAUAUUGCAUGCAAUUAAAAUAUGGUGGUGUUUGUGUAUUUGCAUAUAUCUGCUUUGGCCACAAAGGAAUCCAAGCACGUCACUCCCCUACCCUUCUGACCAGCUGGAAUUCAACCCCACACUCCUACCUCCCUCCGCCCCAAAUCCCGCCAUCUUUCUUUCGCCUGUUUUCAAUUUUCUCUCACUUUCUCUCUCUGACCCCUCUCGUCUGAAUCUGCAGAUUCCAAUUCGUCUGCAACUCCAAAUUCCAACCUAUUUCCCCUGCCUUCGUUUUCAAUCCUCACCAUUUCAAUUUACCAAUCCUUUUUUCCCUCCUCUGCAAAUUUUGACCUAAUCCUUUGACAUUUUUGACCUUGGUUCUUUCUCAAUUUCCUCCUCUCUCUUUUAUAGUGACACAUUUUUGAGUUUCCCACCUAAUUCGUUCUUUGAACGGUCCUCGUUUUCUCUGUGCAUUGAGUCUUUCUCUCCUCCCCACCACCACGCCACAAUAUGACUAUCUCCCUCCUCAACUUCACUCACCUAGCUCCUUAUUUCAUCUCUUUCAUUCUGUUUCUCCUGCUCUUAGAACAGAUCUCGUACCUCAGAAGGAAGCGAUUCGUACCUGGGCCUUCUCUGGUUCUUCCCUUCUUGGGCAACGCAAUCUCAUUGGUCCGCCGUCCCACCAAUUUCUGGGAUGUCCAAUCUGCUCUCGCCAAGUCAUCGGGCCUGGGGUUCUCCGUCAACUACAUCAUCGGAAAGUUCAUCCUCUUCAUCCGCGACACCGAAUUGUCUCAUAAGGUCUUCGCAAAUGUCCGACCCGAUGCGUUUCACUUGGUGGGUCACCCGUUCGGGAAGAAGCUCUUUGGCGAACACAACCUCAUCUACAUGAUGGGCCAAGAACACAAAGAUAUCCGCCGUAGGAUCGCACCGAAUUUCACCCCCAAGGCUUUAUCUACUUACACGGCGUUGCAGCAGAUUAUUAUCCUCAAGCAUUUCAAGAUAUGGGAGAAGCUCUCGUCGGAGAAUGCACCGAACCCGAUUGCGCUUCGUGUUCUGGCCCGCGAUAUGAAUCUGGAAACUUCUCAGACGGUGUUCGUGGGCCCCUAUUUGGGCCUGGAGGCCCGAGAGAGGUUUAAGCAGGAUUACUUUUUCUUCAAUGUUGGGCUCAUGAAACUGCCAAUCGAUUUUCCCGGGACGGCGUUCCGAAAUGCUAGGCUCGCCGUUGACCGGCUGAUCAAAACCCUGGGGACGUGCACUGGGCGCAGCAAGAAGAGGAUGGAGGGAGGCGAAGAGCCCUCGUGCUUGAUCGAUUACUGGAUGCAGGACACAUUGAGGGAGAUCGCCGAGAACAAGACCGCCGGCAAUCCUCCGCCGCCGUACUCCAGUGACGCCGAGAUAGGUGGGUUCCUUUUCGAUUUUCUCUUUGCCGCACAAGAUGCUUCCACCUCUUCACUUCUCUGGGCGGUCACGCUGCUGGAUUCGCACCCGGACGUUUUAUCAAAGGUCAGGGAGGAAGUCGCGGGAGUGUGGUCUCCCGAGAGCGAUACUCUGAUAACGGCGGAGCAGUUGAGGGAGAUGAAGUACACGCAAGCUGUGGCGCGUGAGGUUGUGAGAUACAGGCCGCCGGCGACGCUGGUGCCGCACAUAGCGGCGGAGAAUUUCCCGUUGACGGAGAGCUACACGAUCCCCAAAGGUUGCAUUGUAUUCCCCUCCGCAUUUGAUUCUUCUUUCCAGGGCUUCACCGAACCGGACCGAUUCGACCCAGACCGGUUCUCGGAGGAGAGGCAGGAGGACCAGAUAUUCAAAAGGAAUUUUCUGGCCUUCGGUGCUGGGGCCCACCAGUGUGUGGGGCAGAGAUACGCUCUCAAUCACCUGGUUCUGUUCAUAGCGUUGUUUGCGUCGUUGAUGGAUUUCCAGAGGCACAGAUCGGACGGCUGUGAUGAGAUCUCAUACGUUCCUACCAUUUGCCCGAAGGACGAUUGCAAGGUUUCCCUGAAGAGGCGAUGCACACGAUAUCCUUCCUUCCCACAGAUUGAAUUGACGAAAUGACGAAAGUACCCACCGGUUCUGUUCUCCGUCAGUUUCUUAUUUUUUAUUUUUUCCAUUUUUUCUUCUCCUCUUUUCGUUACUUUAUGCUUUUUCUGCUCUUGGGCUGUCGGCUGUCAGUGACAAGGCAAGAGGUCCGUUUGUUUUUGUGGUUAAUUUAUUUGUUUGAAUUUGGGUGUUGGGGAAAUGGGACCGUUAGGUAUUUUCAUUCUUUCUUUUGUUUUGUGUUGUAAAAGUCUGUGUUAGAGUGGACGUGUUAUGUAUGUGAGCGAUCAUUGGUUGGUUGGUGGGUUAUUGGCAAUUGGCAGUUCAAUAAAAAAAAGUUAAAAGGCAAAUUCGUUGAGAUGCGGCGGUUUCAACUCUUGGGAAUUCGGGCCGUAUGUUUUGCUAUUUUAGAUGAGUUUUUAAGUAGGUCAAAACAUUAUUCAUAUUAAAUAAGAAUGACUAUUCUUAUUA